AUGCAAGCAUCUCCCAAGGCCCCGGUGCCUAACGAGCCAAAGAAGAUCACAGAGCCUAUGUCGGCCAAGAGAUCCGCCUCGAGCAACGAUCUAAGAGGAGAGCAGCAAGCAGUCCGCUUUAAAUUUGAUGAAGAUGAGCAGGCUGUUGGUGAGAAGCUGUCAUGCCAGUCCGCCAUCAACCAGAGACACGACAAACAGGAGCCCAUCGAUACGGAGAUUCUCAUCACAAUGCCAGCCAACACUGAAUCCAUCAUACCUACUCCAACGAACCUUAGCACGAAUCUUAUUAACACGAACCCAAAUGUCAAGAAAGACACGACUAUCUUAGCCUUGGACCUCGCUAGGAUGAAGAAUACGUCUCAAGAGUUCGGUAGCUACAUCACCAGAACAACUUCCAAUCAAUAUAUCAAUGUCCCUGGUGUCGGCAGGGCAGUGAAAAAAGGAUCCUCAUUCUUCGAAACAUCCUCUACACAGCCUCCAAGAAAAAUGGUCUGCUUCUUAGAAAUUCCAGCCGAGAUACGCGUUUCUGUGUACGAGUUUGUUCUCGGACCGCUCCACGAGGGAUUCCACAUCCCCUCUCGAUUUAUUGACACGUUCAAUUCACGAAAGCCACGAUGUAGAGACUUCAACAUCCUCCGAGUUUGUCGCCAAAUCUACAAGGAAGCUAUCCAUAUUUUCUGGAAGAACACAGUGUGUCUUAGCGGCCACUUGAAUCAGACAGAUCUCACAACCCGAUUUACAAGGCCUGCACUUGCUUGUAUAACCUACAUUAGGGUCCAUGUAGACAUCGACAUCGUUCUAGAACACGGUCUAAGAAGGAACGGUGCCCCUUUCUUGGAUCUAGGUCUUCUACCUACCCUCAAGCAAAUAGCGGUGGUUGUCUACAAGUGGAGCUUCCAAAUGCCUUGGUUGGCGUUAGAGGCAUCGGAAGAAGCAGUAAAGCUCAAAUGGCUGAUGCUGGAUCUAUUACGCACAGUCCCUUCAUCUGUGAAUCUUGCCUUUGAGGCACCGGGAGUGAACGGACUUGUUCGAAAUCCUGUCAUGAUCGACACAGAGGGAGCUCCGCAUCAUUUCUACGACCCAGCAUACCUUGAGGAACUCUGUGAUUUCUACAGAGCCGUAAAGUCAGGUUUAAUGGACAAUGAAAGGGCAAUGCCGGAGGUGAGGGUACUACCCCGUAUCAAUAGGGUACGGAUUACAUUACUCUAA